GAAGCAAAGGGCACUGCUUUGCCGUUGAAAAUCCAAUAUAAAUAUGAAAGAGACCUUCUUCAUAUCAUUACUUUCAUUCAAGACUUGAGGGUCAAUCAAGAUGGCUUCAUGGAACCUCGCUUUCAUUCCCAUGGUCGUUUCCAUCGGUGUGUUCUUUGUGAUUAACAAUGAGCCCGGACAAUUGCAAGACGAAUGGGAUUUCAUCCAAAUGGACCCCAACUAUUUGAUGCAAGCAAACUCGAAAAUAGAGAAUGUAGUAACCUACGAAAACUUAACGGAGGAAAUCUACGAAAAGAUGAUGAUCGAAAAUGACUGGGAUCGCAGUUACUUUGAUGCCUUAACGCCAGAAGAAAGGGCGGCCAAUUUGAAAGAAGCUGCCAAGGCGAUCAACGCCCAAAACGAGGCAUUCAAAAGCAAGAAAUCGUCGUUUACCUGCAAGCUCACCGCUCUUUCCAUUUUGGGCGAGAAAGACUUCAAGGAGCGCGUCAAGAAUCAGUUGGAUCCAUUUCCAAAGGACUCUCGAGAGUCGUCCUCAUUGCUAGGAGGGGCACAACAUGAAAAGCAAGCACUUGACGAGAAGUAUGAGAAAUACUUGGCACGCCUCAUGGAGGACAGGAAAGACCUACCAACGGAGUUCUUUACACCCGAACGGUAUUUGACACCAGUAAAAGACCAAGGCAAUUGCGGCAGUUGCGCCAUUUUUGCUACCGUGGCCACGAUUGAAACUGCGUUUUUGAAGCAGAACACCGAGUUGAUCCCUUUGGAUUUGGCGGAGCAAACAUUCUUGAAUUGUGCCAAGGGCUUCCGAGGCAUCGGUGGUUGCUCUGAAGGAAAUGAAAUAGAUGCACCAUUUAGGUAUUUGAUUAGUCACCGUGGAGGAAGUCUUCCACCCGAGUGCUUGAAUCCCUAUAACGUGGAAAAAGAGCACAAUCAAUGCAUUACGGAACACUACAAUGUCAAUGCGGGUGUUAAAGUCACUGAUAACUACCAUUUCGACAACGUUGGAGAGCAGAAGCUAAAAUACUUAGUGAAUGUAUACGGCGCAGUUGAAGUGGCCAUGUUUGUUCCCGACUAUAUGAGGAACAAAAUGCAGCAUGUCGGAGCAGGUGUCAUGGAUGAAUGUGCACCAAAUCUUGCACCUGGCAAAGCGGGCCAUGCCGUGACUAUUGUUGGAUAUGGAUUGGACACCACCACGAACACACCUUAUUGGAAGGUCAAAAAUUCAUGGGGAAAGAGUUGGGGACAGGAGGGUUACUUUCUAAUCAAGCGUGGUGUAAAUUGCAACAAUAUCGAAACGGUUGCUGUGGGACCAAUUGUUGCGCUUUCUGGGGAAAACAAUUCACUAGUGGAUCAGCAAAUAUUUUCAUCCGUUGUACUCAAGACUGCAUUGAUGCUUUCUCUUCUUCUCUUUCUUAUUCAUAAUUUUGCUUUUCGUUUGGUUUGAUUUGUUUUUUUUUCGUAAGCAUUUCGAAACACUACAAGAAUUAAAAUUCCCAGUGCUAUUGUU